AUGGCGCUUAAUAUGACGGCACGAUGUGAUGAAAUUAGGAAUGAUGAACAACCAAGUCCCACAGAUUUGGUGAAAUUGGAUAUACAUACACGUUCUUAUUUAGUCAACUCAAAUCAAAUACACUAUGAAACUACCUUCAAUCUUAAACCCAUAGUUUUCAAGAAUGUUUUCCGAGACAAGGGACUAAGUUAUCUACAGCAAUGUUUUGAUGAGGAUCCCUUUUUAAAGAUGCCUGAUAACUUUGAAAUAGAAAUUGCAUAUAAGCUUCAAGAAUUUUAUAAUCUUUCUUAUGGUUUCGAUACUGAAGAAGAUGACGACUUUGACCGCGAUGAAGAAGAAGUUGAAGUAAAUUUACGUCGUCGUGUCUUCCCUUUGAUAUUGGAGUUAGAGAUUCACGAAGAUGAAAUUGAUGAUGAUGAUGAUGAUGAUGAUGAUGAAUUUGAAGAAGAUCUUAAAAUGGUUCCAGCUUCAAAAAAAUUCAUUGAGAAUAUGAAGACAUGUGAUUUCAAUGUUGCAAAAGAGAGAGAAAUAUUGAGGUGUGUUAUUUGUAUGAAUGAGUUUGAUAAUGUAAAUAUUAAUAAUGAGGUAACGUUAUGCACACUGCCAUGUAAUCAUGUGUUCCAUCAAAAUUGUGCUGUGCAAUGGUUACAAACUAGUCAUACUUGUCCCUUGUGUCGCUAUCCAAUGCCUACCAGAUGA